AUGAUGUCCGAUACAUGUACUUUUUCGUAUAUUGCUGCAAAAGAUUCAGCACCGAAAACAGCCACAGGUAUUGAACGUUCGUGGUUGGAUCUUAAAAUUGAAUUUAGUCGACAAGGAGAAGGAUUAGCUGGUGCAAAAUAUUAUAAAACAAUAAGUCCAGAAGGGCCACAAUUAUUUGCUGUUAAAUUUGAUGAAACAGUUUGGUAUCAUGACCAAAAUCGAUGGCACAAAUAUCAAACAGCUAGAGAUAUUCACUACAAUAUUUUAGCAUCGGCAAACUCAAAUCUUCCGAGAAAAAAUNGGCCGAGAAAGAAGGCGCAUUGGAGGAGUGAUGAGGAUGAUGAUGAUGAUGAGCCCCAUGUUGGUGUAGAAGAUGAAAAUUAA